AGUACUCAAUUAUGGACAUCAAUAGAGUGUAAUCCUAUAUAUAUCUCUGAUAACUCCUUACUUAGAAUCAACACUACAAGACAAUUAGAUUCACUUCAAUCCUUUAACUACGAUUAAUGAAUCGGUAUACCAGCAAAAGCAUAUCCUUGGCUGUUGCAAGCCUGGUGUUAACACUAAUCUUGUUGCUGCAUCAGGGGAAUUCCCAGUUAACUUCCAACUUCCAUGCUACAACAUGCCCAAAUCUGUCUUCCAUUGUCAGUAAUGCAGUUCAACAGGCUCUGCAGUCCAAUAGCAGGAUCGGGGCUAGCCUCGUUCGCCUUCAUUUCCAUGAUUGCUUUGUUAAUGGAUGUGAUGCGUCAAUCUUGUUAGACAACAGUGCAAGCAUAAAGAGUGAAAAGGAUGCUGCUAGCAACAGUAACUUCGUUCGGGAGUACGAUGUCGUCGACAACAUCAAAACUGCCGUCGAAAAUUCAUGCCCUGGUGUUGUCUCUUGCGCUGAUAUUCUUGCUCUUGCUGCUCAAGCUUCUAUUUCUUUGUCAGGAGGUCCAUCAUGGAGUGUACUAUUGGGAAGAAGAGACAGUUUAACAGCAAACCAAGCUGGAGUUGGUUCUGCAAUUCCCUUGCCUAUUGAAGGAAUAAGCAACAUUACUGCAAAAUUUUCUGCAGUCGGUCUAACCAAUAACGAUCUCGUAACGUUAUCGGGAGCUCACACAUUUGGUCGCUCACGAUGUUUAGCAUUCAGUAAUCGUUUGUACGACUUCAAUGGCACAGGAAACCCAGAUCCAACACUAAACUCAUCUUACUUGACUAAUCUCCGACAAAUAUGCCCGCAAGGUGGGAGCAGAACUGCAUUAGCGAACCUUGAUCCAACCGCUCCGGAUACUUUUGACAAUAAUUACUAUGUUAAUCUUCAUAACAGUCGAGGCCUCCUCCAAUCGGACCAACAACUGCUUUCAACAACAGAUCCUGAAACGGUCUCGAUUAUCAACAGUUUUAGCAGUAACCAAACUGCUUUCUUCCUAAGUUUUGCUCAAUCCAUGAUUAAAUUGGGAAAUAUUAGCCCAUUAACAGGAAGCAGUGGAGAGAUUAGAUCAGAUUGUAAGAAAGCCAAUGGAAGUUAAACCUAUAAGGUUGUAGUAGAAAAUAAUCCCCCAUCAUGAUAGCCUUCUUGUUGUUACAAGGUAAGGGUAAGGGGUGGGAGUAUUCUAAUAAAGGUUAUCGGGGAGUACCCAUUAUCUUUGUCACUCUCAAAUGUAAUAAACAUAAUACUUGUUAUAAUAACAUCUUUUUAUUUUAUA